GCGGGGAUUUCAUCCUGGUGAUGCCCUUCAUUGCACUCUACCUUACCUACCUUACCCCAACUUUUACUGUCUAAGCUCAUUCUCGCCUGGCCUUCGCAGUGUAGAGGUCGGCGCUCUUGGAACUCAUCUUCAGAGGCAGAAGUCCUGUCUCAGCUCGUCACACAAGCCUCAACCCCCACCUUGACCGGCGUUCCUCAAGAUGGCCGGCAGAUUCGAGCCAAAGGUGCCAGUCACCCUUGCCCCUCCCAAGGAUGACCCGAUCACCCUGGAGGAGCUUGCCGCGGCAAAUGGAGUUGAUGGUGGAAAGUGCUACGUCGCCAUCAAGGGCAAAGUCUACGACGUGACCGGAAAUAAGGCAUACCAGCAAGGGGGUUCUUACAAUGUCUUCGCCGGAAAGGAUGCUUCUCGCGCCCUGGGGAAGACUUCGACCAAAAUUGAGGAUGUCAGGCCCGAGUGGCAUGACCUGGACGACAAGGAGAAGUCGACGCUAGAUGACUGGAACACGUACUUUUCGAAGCGCUACAACGUUGUGGGCUACGUCGUUGGAGCAACUAACAAAGAGUGAUAGUGAAUCAUGGCCAUUUUUCAUGCAGAAUGUGUGGUGUGAUCUGAGUAGCAGUACGCUCAUAUUGAAUAGAUGAAACUCUACUGCG